UUUCGAUAUUAUUGAUAUGCCUAUGCUUUGCAUAAAUCGAAGAUAUUAUUUUGCUCUUUAUCUGAUCUUUCUCUGUGUGGAAUCAAUCCAUUGAGAAUGGCAACGAAACUAAUGCAGGCGGUUCAGUAUACUAGCUACGGCGGAGGCGCCGCUGGGCUGAAGCAUGUUGAAGUUCCUGUACCUGUUCCACAAAAGGAUGAGGUUUUGAUCAAAAUUGAAGCAGCUAGCAUAAACCCGGUGGAUUGGAAAAUCCAGAAAGGGCUUAUUCGCCCUAUUUUACCCCGAAAAUUUCCAUAUAUACCUACUACAGAUGUGGCUGGAGAAGUAGUGGAGGUUGGAUCUGGAGUCAAGAGUCUAAAAGCUGGUGACAAAGUUGUAGCCAUGCUUAAUCAUCUUAUUGGAGGUGGACUGGCUGAGUUUGCUAUAGCAAAGGAGAACCUGACAGUUGCAAGGCCACCUGAAGUAUCAGCUGCUGACAGUGCACCAUUACUAGUUGCUGGUCUAACUGCUCACGAGGCCCUCACUCGACCAGUGGGGCUUACGCUGGACAAAAGUGGACCACAGAAGAACAUUCUUGUUACUGCCGCCUCAGGUGGUGUGGGCCAUUAUGCAGUCCAAUUAGCUAAGCUAGGGAACACACAUGUAACCGCCACUUGUGGGGCCCGCAACAUCGACUUCGUGAAGAGCUUAGGAGCAGACGAAGUUAUCGACUACCGAACCCCAGAAGGGGCUGCCCUUAAGAGCCCAUCUGGAAAGAAGUAUGAUGCAGUUAUUCACUGCACCACUGGCAUUCCUUGGUCUACUUUUGAACCUAAUUUGGCUAAGGAUGGGAAGGUCAUUGACCUAACUCCAGGUCCUAGUGCCAUGUGGACUUUUGCUGUGAAGAAGAUCACCUUCUCCAAGAAGCAGCUGGUGCCUCUCCUGUUAAGUCCUAAGAAGGAGAAUCUUGAAUAUAUGGUUAAUCUGGUGAAGGAAGGGAAGUUGAAGACUGUUAUUGACUCCAAAUAUCCAUUAAGUAAUGCAGAGGAUGCUUGGGCUAAGAGCAUUGAUGGUCAUGCUACUGGAAAGAUAGUUGUGGAGCCCUAAUAUUAUAACCAUAUAGACAAAACAUAAAUAAAAAUUAUUCUUAUCUGAAAAAGGUGUGUGUUGUUGUGUUUAUUUUUUCAUUAUAUGUGUAAGUAAAUAUUAGACUCUUAAGUCUUAAGAAAGUUGUUUGAAUUUCUUGGUGACUCUGAUAUGAUAAAAGUGUGAAGGAGGAGGAUAUGCUUUGA